CUGGCUCGGCUCGGCUCGGCUCGACUCGGCUCGGUAAAGACCAUCAGCUGUAGGUCUUCAGUAGUAAACCAGUGUGUGACCGCGGAGGAAAGAUGGCGGCCCCAGCUCUCUCCGGUCGGACUGGCUCGGCGGGCAGUCUCGGGAACAGCCCCACCUUGGCCGCUGGCAGGCUACCGCACGGCGGCGGCGUCGGGCCCGAGCUCGACUUCAGGUCGGCGGCCCGCAUGGAGGACCUGAACCGACUCAUCCAGGAGUUCAGCAAGCACGACCAGCGGGAGUACGACGACCAGCGGGCUCUGGAGAUCCACACGGCCAAGGACUUCAUCUUCUCUAUGCUGGGAAUGGUCCAGAAGUUGGACCAGAAGCUCCCGGUGGCCAAUGAGUACCUCCUCCUGUCGGGUGGCGUUCGGGAGGGCGUGGUGGACAUGGACCUGGACGAGCUGAGCGUCUACGCCCGCGGCACGGACUACGACAUGGACUUCACUCUGCUGGUCCCUGCGCUCAAACUCCAUGACCGCAACCAGCCGGUGACCCUGGACAUGAGGCACUCGGCCCUGGGUCACUCCUGGCUCAGCCUCCGCCUCUUUGAUGAAGGAACCAUCAACAAGUGGAAGGACUGCUGCACCAUCGUCGACCACAUCAACGGGACCACCAACUACUUCUUCUCUCCGACACUGGUGGCUGACUGGUUCUACCAGUCCAUCUCCCUGGUGCUGCUGGAGGUGCAGAAGAAGCCGCAGAGAGGGAUGCCAAGAGUGGAGAAGGUGGAGAGGAACGGCACCAUCAUCUCCGUCAUCCUGGGUGUUGGGAGCAGCCGGAUGCUCUACGACAUCGUCCCCGUGGUGUCGUUUAAAGGCUGGCCUGCCGUCGCUCAGAGCUGGCUGAUGGAGAACCACUUCUGGGACGGGAAGAUCACGGAGGAGGAGGUGAUCAGCGGCUUCUACCUCGUCCCCGCCUGCUCCUACAAAGGCCGCAAGGAGAACGAGUGGCGCCUGUCGUUCGCCCGCAGCGAGGUGCAGCUGAAGAAGUGCAUCUCGUCCAGCCUGAUGCAGGCCUACCAGGCCUGUAAAGCCAUCAUCAUCAAGCUGCUGUCCCGCCCCAAAGCCAUCAGCCCCUACCACCUCCGCAGCAUCAUGCUGUGGGCCUGCGAUCGCCUCCCUGCUAACUACCUGGCGCAGGACGACUUCUCCGCCCAUUUCCUGCUCGGCCUGAUCGACGACCUGCAGCACUGCCUUGUGAACAAGAUGUGCCCCAAUUACUUCAUCCCCCAGUGUAACAUGCUGGAGCACCUGUCGGACGAGACGGCCAUGCUGCACGCCCGCAAACUCUCCUCGGUGCGCUCCGACCCGGCCGAGCACCUCCGCACCACCAUUGAGCACGCCAAGGCCGCCAACAGGCUGACGGUGGAAUUGCAGUGGCGGGGCAGCUCCAGCAACCUGCCGUCGCCGCAGUCCGACGCAGGCGGAGAGAACCAGCCAGACGACCGGCUGGCCAAGAAGCUUCAGCAGCUCGUCACGGAGAAUCCAGGGAAAUCGAUCUCAGUCUUCAUCAACCCGGACGACGUCACGCGACCGCACUUCCGCAUCGACGACAAAUUCUUCUGAGACUGCGAAAUGUUCUCCCAGACCUCUUCCUCCCCCUCUUUCUCUCUGCCGUCCUUCCCCUCGCCUGGUGCCCCGCCUCCUCUGAAACUUUAUUUUUUACAUUUUUUUAUGUUUCUCAGCCACAGAGUAAAGUGAGGUGAUCGUCUAGUUGUGUCUGCCACAGUUUUUUAUUUUUAUUUUUCUAUUCCCUCUCCCCUCUUCCCUCCUCUUUCACUGUGUGCCCUGUGUUUUUUUACCUGCUGAAUGCCUUUUAAAUAGACAGCUGAAUAGCAGCAGGUUUUUAAAAAAAAAAAAACUGAAGGAUGAGGCAAAAAUCCACCUUCAGAUGGAAUUCAUGUUCUCAUUCGGUUGUUAAAUGUAUUUAUCAGGGAUCCUGGAAAUGAGACAAAACCACCACCGCCUGAAAACAUAGCAGACGCUUGUUCAAAGUAUAUUUUGGGUUCACUGAUCUAGUUAAGGGUCAGACUUGAAGUCUGGAGUAGCCUGUAGUAAUCAGGUAACAUGAGGUUAAUAUUGUCCACCUUAAAGUGUGAUGCAGUUACCUCUGAAAGAAUCACAGCUCAUAUUACACCUUUGCUUGUUAAAAAAGGUUAAACUGGAACUGAUGCAACACCGUCUUAUAAUUAUGUGAAAAUACUGAGAAAGGUGAUAAUGAGCGAAGGAUUUCUGUUUUUCCAAACAGCUACGACGUCUUAAACUUAAAACACUUGAAACUCACUUCGUUCAUGGUGUCACAUCAAACCUGGAACAGAAACGAGACUGGACCGUAUAAGAUUGUACAGAAGUUCAGGGGGUGGGGAUGCCAAAUGGCACUCGCUGUCUCAGAGCCAGUUCAGAUAACAGAGUUGUGUUUGAAGGUGGAUUUUGUCCUUCUGAGGAAUGUCUUAGUCCCACUGGGGGAUGACGGUACUAACGUCUUAGAAACUAACUGUAAAUAGAAGAAGACUGAACACUGACGUGUGUAGACAGAACGUGAAAUAGAGACUGAUGAUGGUGAUGAUGAUGAUGAUGUGUGGACUUCUUUUCGUCUAACUUUGCACAGAAUGUAAAAAACACUUUUCCUCUUGAUGGUGGACGUCGUGUUCGUCCUGAUUCUGAAAUGAUGUAUCAUAUCAUUAGACAGGUGACGCUUUACUGAGGAACCGUCGUACUGCACAUUUUAACUGAGUGUAUUAACCUGUGGAACAGCAGCAAGGACACAGUGACUCUGACCACAGAGUGGCCUGGUUCAAACAUGCAGCCUCGCUCUAAUGGAACUGGAUUUCAGAAAUGCUGAUCUGGCCGUGUUCCUCAUCCAGGACCUGGUACAAGUCGUCUUUUGCGUGCAGGUGUGAACCGAAGUCUGUGUUUUUAAUUCAUUAUUCAGACGUGAAGCUCAGCUGCUGCAGUUUAAGUCUUCUUCUCCUCGAUCACAGAACAUUUUAUAAGAUUCAGUAAACUGCUGAUGUGAACAUGAGCUUCCACAUCGACUGAGUCCUUACAGCCACUUUUCUCCACAGUUUAAAUCUCAGGUUAAUCUGCUGCAUUACGACGUCACCUGGUAGAGUGUCACAGAAUAUCUCUGUAGACAUGAUAUCACUGGCAUCACUUAUUUCUCUCACUUUCUUCCAUUUUGUUCUGAUUAGAUCAGAAGUGAUCGCACGUUUCGAUAUGCUUCACUGUUUCUGUACGACCUCCUGCUUUUUGUUUUGUUUCGUUUUUUUUUUACCCGACUGAUUUAUCGUCUUCAGCUGCUUUUUGUCUUUUGAUGUUUCGAGGAUUCGACUCAACUCAACCAGCUCAGGAUGCGAAUUGUGGAGGAACAUUUGGUCACAGAACACAUGCACACACAAUCCAACAUGAUGGAGGUGAACGGGUGAAAAGGUUUGUGUGAUUCUGGCGCAAAAAAAAAAAAAGAGAAAAGAGACACAUCAUAGAUUUGGGUCCUGAACCUUUUGGUCCUCGUCAUGAUGUAGCAUCAUGGAGUAGCAUAGUUUCUGAGCAUCAUGGGAGUUGUAGUUGGUCCAGAGCUGGUUGUGUUGAAGCUGAGUCAGUCCCAUAUUUUUGUUGUUGUUUUGUUUUUGUUUUUUUGGUUGUUUCUGUGUUAACAACUGUCCCAAACAUUUCCAGAAAAAUGCCAAAAAAAAAAACCUGCAGACAUCUGACCGGCAACGUGAUCUCCAUAUCCUCAUCCUCAAGUGCAAUUAGUGAAACUACACACACAACAAAUACACACACACACACACGCACAUACAUCAUGUAGCAUUAAGACUAAAAGACACUAAAAGAAAUUAAAACUGGUUUUAACAAAACCACAAGACCACAAGACACUAAACCCUCCACAAACCAACACAACACUAACACACACUCAGAGGUUUUUCACACCAUCAAAGUGCCACACACACACUCCUGCUCGGUGGAAAUGUGAUCAAUGUGUUGUUCUUCUGAGCUUCAUGACCUUUGACCUUACUCUUCUCUCUGUUCAGAACCUUUCAACUGUGAGUUUUUAUUUUCUCUGUAUCUUGCUGCUCUGUUUUAUCUGAUGGAUUUCUUUAUGCAAUGUUGAUGUGGAUGGGUUGGCCCUUCAGAUGGCAGCUCCUCCCCCGUAUGUGAAGGUUCUCCACUAUAAUUCACUGUACAACAGAAUCAUCAUAAAGUCUUUAACCAGAA